AUGGAUAUCACAAUGAGCAGCCUCCCUGUAGAGGUGAGCGCUGUUAUAAAUGCAAACUUCGUGGUGAUCCAGGUCGUGUGUAUGUUCGCUAUCGGAGGGUCGAAUUCAGUGGAAGUUCUGAUUCUCAUAUUCGAGAAGUUCAAAAGGUAUCGUGGGCUAUACUUCUGGAGCAUGCAAAUUGCGGCCUGGGGAAUAUUGUUACAUACCUUACCAGCUCAAAUUGCCUAUGUGCGACUGGCAUCUCCCAUUCCAUUAUCACUCCCGUUCAUCGUCGGCUGGAUCUGCAUGGUGACUGGACAAGCGGUGGUGCUAUAUUCAAGACUACACCUUGUCGUGACCGACAUCCGUCAUGUACGAUGGGUACUAUGGAUGAUCAUAACCAAUUUUCUCAUCCUCCACGUUCCCAUGUCAAUCCUAUAUGUUCUCAACCUUGAAAGUCUACCACUUUACCGCCCAGCGGCAAUCUACGACCGCAUACAGACAACAGGAUUCGCCAUCCAGGACACAAUAAUAUGCGCCAUCUACGUCCGCGAAUCACUCCGAGCACUCAAGCCCGUCUUCGAAGCCAAAGGCCCCCAAGGGCGAGGAAUCAUCUACCGAAUCGUCAUCGCUAAUCUCUUCAGCAUCCUGCUCAACGGAUUAAUCCUUGCCGCCGAGUUCAAAAUGCACUACAUCGUCGUCAGCUUCAAAACAGUCGUCUACAGCAUCAAACUGAAACUCGAAUUCCACGCUCUUAUGCAGCUCCGGGAGCUGACACGCACGUAUCCAUGCGCUCUAUGCCAAGGGGCUCAUGGCAGUCCUCGUGGGUCACCCGAAAUCAAUAUCUUCGACAUGUUCAUGCGUAAUCCCCGGUCACAGCAUACCGAGAUGCAAACAGUGUCCGGUAUCACGGGGGCCUCGAGCAUGGCCGAUUCAGCGCGCUGCUCCACAUAUCAUUUCCACGAGGCAAUGCCCCAGACGAUAUCGACUGUGGAUUCUGAUGAGUCACAGACGAGUGCUCGGCCUCGGAUCCACUCGUUGGAUACGCAUUCUACAGUUGAAAUCACACUGCUCGAGCGCCCGAAGUAA